GUGUCUCCCCGAAACCGGCUGUCGUGAUCUGCGCCCAGGGAGCCUACAAGGGCACUUCUGUGGUGCGCCAUGCCUUUCUUUGAUGUGCAGAAAAAGCUGGGCAUUAGCCUUGAUCGCCACUUCGUAUUCCAAAGUGUUGAGCAGCCCUUCAAGAUUCCCUCCCGAUGCUAUGCUUUCGAAAAAGAGUGGAUAGAGUGUGCACAUGGCAUCGGUGCUACCCGUGCUAAAAAAGAGGGCAAGAUAGAAUUUGAAGAUUUCGAGGAAUGUUAUCUUCGGUAUAAAACAAUAAAGCGCCUGGGUGAAAUCAAACGACAGCGGGAUAAGCUAGUUAAAGAGGGGAAAUACACCCCUCCCCCUCACCACAUGGGCCAGGAGGAACCCAGGCCCUGA